AUGAAGGCCGCCAGUGGCUGCUGUAAGAUUCCUUUUCCUUUUGCGACGCCUACUUGCUUGAAGUGUAGGGGCGGAGGUCUGAUUUCAAUAAACCCAGCCUCGCCCUCUCCGUCUUCGCCUGCUCUUCGCCUUUCAUCAUUUCAAGGUCUAAGAUUGUACAGUGGAAGGGGGAUAGAUGUUGUUGCUGGAGCUACAGCUGGAGAAGGAGUGAAUGGAACUUCGGAGACGGCGUCAUUUGAUCCUUAUAUGGAAGAAAUGGAUAUCGUUUUUCAAAGUGGAGAUCUCGCUGCUGUUGAAGUUGUGUUGUCGAACAUGGCUGUUGCACUUGACCGUGUGCUUUUGGAUGUAGAGGGCAUGGAUUCGAGCAUGGCCAGCAUGGGCGACGACAGCAUUGGUUUCGGUGGAUGGCAGACCAUCAUGGGUCUUCCUCGGAAAAAAAUUGGAGACAUUCCAGAGGAAAGACGCCAUCGAUUGCUGCAAUUACUCAAUCCCAGGCUUAUUUCGAUAGCUUGGGAGAUAGCUGGCACACGAUUUCAUGACCCUAAAUUAGUGAACAAAACUGCUUCCAACAUUCUAUAUGAUAAAGACACCACAAUUCCCUUUCAAGUCUUUAACUGUCCAUUUCUUAUUGCUUGGAUGAAAUACUUCAAAAAGACUAUAUUUUGUGGCAAUAAUGGGAAGACAUAUGGACUUUUUAUUGGUGGAUCAAUUGUGGGUCAUUUUGCGAAUCAGUUAUGCCCGUUGUAUUUUGAGGUGACUCAGACAAAAGAAGUAAUGUCAACUGAACAGCCCUGUGAUUUGGCCUACGAAUUUGGGGAUGGUCUCUUGGAUCUCGAUGAAUAUCCAAGUCACUUUCCCAAGCCAGUGAAACAUCUAUAUCCGUUCAAUGACGAGGUUGUGAUAUACAUUCGGCAUAUAGGGCCUGGUGUUUUGGUGGGGCAAGCAUGGCAGGAAGGUAAAAAAUUAGACCAAGUGCCACAGAAGUUAUGUGGGGAGAUUUUGAUGGUAAAAGAAUAUGCUCCACGAGCAAAUUAGGUAAAAAAAAAAUCAUGUGGUUUUGUUUUGUCAUUUGAAGAAGUGCAUAAAU